AUGACUGAUGUACCAGUUACUUCAAACGUUGUUUAUAUACCAAUGGUUACAACUAAUUGUUUAAACGGUGAAUUCGAUUCAACAUAUCCAAUAUAUUUAAAUGGAAUUAUUCGUCCUGAUGAAUUUCAACAAUCCAUUGCGAAUAUUAACAGAUCAUUUUCUUCAUCUAAUAAAUAUUUUAUCAGAUGUUGCAUUUUUUUUGUUGUGACUAUAAUGAUUGCACCGUUAUGUUUUGCUCUUAUGCGUACUAAAGAAGAAAAUUCGGGAAGAUAUUUUGCUUUACUUAUCAUUGGAAUUGUUGCAAGUUUAACUGAAUUCGUAUGUAUUUUUAUUGGAUCUUUUUAUGUUUUUAAAAAACGUGUAAUACAAAUGCGUCAAGCAAUUGAAGAGGAAUCAGCAAAGUAUUCAUCAAGAUCAAUACCAUGUAAUUGGAAAUACGAUUUUUCAAGAGCUUGGUUUGGUGAUACCUAUAGCUUGGGAUCAACUCAUAAUUUGAUAAUUCAAAUUGGUAGUUCAUAUCAGAAAGAAAACAAUACUAUAGUGCGCUUUUCAACAAUACCUUCUUCAGAUCGAGACUUUGAUGGUAAUCUUCUACCUCCAAAGACUUGUUAUGGUCCUCCGGUUUCUUUCAAUCAACCUCCAAGAUAUUGUUCAAGUUGUAACAAAUCACGAGACGAUUUAAAUGCGAGAUUUUGUUCAGGAUGCGGUCAUAAUUUCAGUACAUAUUGA